AUGAUCUCUCUUUUCUUGAAAACUACAAGCAGUCCUGUAGUCCAUUUUCCCGCAGCCACUCAUGAGAUCAAGGAGCUUGCGAAUGCUUCAAUUGGGGAGACAGUCACUCUGCACGGCUAUCUCGGGCCUCGCGCCGACCUUUCGAAAAAGCUCUCUUUUGUCCCUUUGAUAAGCAAAGAUCUCAGCCACAGUGUCCAAGUCAUUAGCACUCCACGUUCGUCCGAGGAGCUACACACCCGCUUGAAGGCUCUGGGCGCACAAGACCCUGUCGCUAUCACUGGUAUUUUGAAAGAACGUAAGCCCACGAAGAGCGAUGGUGGCGAAAUCCAAAAAAUCACCAACGUGGAGGUUGAGCUGAAGGCUCUGUGUGUGCUCAACGAGUUUCCCAAGGAAAUCACCUUCCAAGAAGACACGAAUAUCCCGCCUGAGCAACGCCAUUUGCAGCUCCGCCAAGAUAAAGGCAUUCGUGACGCCCUAGCAUUCAGGUCCAAGGCCGCCAACAUUUGCAGAGAUGAACUGAGUAACAAGCAUCAGUUCUUGGAAAUCGAGACUCCAUUGCUGUUCAAAUCUACGCCCGAGGGUGCAAGAGAGUUCUUGGUACCUACACGGACCAAAGGCUUGGCAUACGCACUUCCUCAGAGCCCGCAGCAGUACAAGCAGAUUCUGAUGGCCAGUGGUAUUCCAAAGUACUUCCAGAUCGCUCGUUGCUUCCGAGAUGAGGACCUUAGGGCAGACAGACAGCCAGAAUUCACCCAGCUUGAUCUCGAAAUGUCCUUUGCAGCUGGCGAGGACGUCCAGAAGUGUAUCGAGGACCUCGUGAGGAGGCUGUGGGGUGAGCUACUUGAUGUGAAGUUGCCGUCUGAGUUCCCGCGAAUGUCUUAUAACGAUGCUAUGGCGAAGUAUGGCUCUGACAAGCCUGACAUUCGCCUUGGAAUGGAGAUUUCGCAAAUCAAUUACCUGCUUCCUGUGGACCUGAUCAGCAAAAUUGGCCCUCUCACCGACCCUGCUGUCGAUGUUAUGAGAUUCCGCAUCUCAGAUGACCCUUCGGAGACGCGCAAAUUCGUCAACGAAUUUAUGGAUUCUCCAGAUGCGGCACCGUUCAUCAACAACCCUGACGGACAGCCUGGCAUCUUCAUCUUCGACACGCGAAAGCCAUUGCAAGGUCUGCAGCCGUUCGGCUUUGAAGCGGCAGAGCGUCUCGAUGAUAUGUACCAACUUGAAGAUGGAGAUCUCAUAAUCAUCCAGGCCCGCAAGAACGAGCCCUUUUCAGGAGGCUCGACGCCAAUUGGAAACUUGCGUUUGGCAUUGCACAAAGCGGCGGUUGCUAAAGGCCUCGUUCCUGCACCACAAGGCUUUGAGUUCCUCUGGAUCGUCGACUUCCCUCUAUUCUCGCCCAGCAGCGAUACAGAGCCCGGACAGGGCGGCGCAGCUGGACUAUCAGCAACCCACCAUCCUUUCACAGCCCCCAAGACUGCAGAGGACGUGAGUCUGCUUUCUACCGAUCCCGCUAGCGUUCGCGCAGAGCACUACGACAUCGUCGUCAAUGGCGUGGAGCUCGGCGGUGGCAGCAGACGUAUUCACGAUGCCCGGGUCCAGGAGUUCAUCAUGCGUGAUGUAUUGAAGAUGAAAGAGGAACGUCUGCAGGACUUCAGGCACCUACUCGACGUUCUUCGAGCAGGAUGUCCGCCGCACGCUGGCAUAGCGCUGGGUUUCGACAGGCUCAUCGCUGUAAUGCUCGGGAAAGAGUCGGUCAGGGACGUCAUUGCUUUCCCCAAGAGUGGCAAGGGAGAGGAUCUACUCGUGAAGGCCCCGAAUGCUGUGACGAAGGAACAGCUGGAAACAUACCAUUUGAUGCUCAAGAACUGA